AUAGCACAUUCGAAAUGUGUUUAUUUUGUUUUCGGAAAACAUAUUAAAUAAUUCAAAAUUAAAUGAGCGCAACACGUGACGUGGGGUUAUAAACAGAUUUUACAAUAGAUUCCACGGAUAUGGUUUCACCGCCCUCAAUUGUGGCAGCCACGCUGCUGCAGCUGUGUGGCAUAUCGCUGUUCAUACGCCAGUCGCAGGAUCAAUGCGUGCCAGCGCCAUCGUCCUCGGUGGCCAAGUGCCUGUUCGGCCUGAGCCUGCUGCUGCUGCUGUGGAAGUGCGAAAUGCUGCCCAAGCGCUACACGAACCACUAUCCGCGCAUCCACAUCUGCGUGGAGCUGCUGGGCACCGUGUUCAUCUCGGAGCUGGCCAUAUUGAUUGGCUGGUGCAGCUACGAGCGGCUCGUCCAUCAGUUGUCCCAGCUGCUCUGUCCGAAUUGGCGCUGGUGUGGCUACUUUACGCUCGGCAUGCUGACUCUGCUGCCAUCGGCACUGCUCCUCUUCACACUGGCGCCCGCGCAGUGGCGCGAAUUUGUGGUGCAGCUAUUGUGGCAGCUGCCGCGGCCCGAGGCCGAUGACUGCCUGCUGGCAUUUGCCCGCGAACUGUCCAACUAUGUACGGGGAAGGGCGUGCGUCUUCCAACUCAAGCGCGAGGAUCGGCUGCGUGCCCUGCGUUCAUUUCACCUGCAAGCCGAGCGCACAGCAGCACAGCGCGGCGGGCGCUAGCUCUAAGCAUUGUAACGAUGCAUAUGCAAAAUGGCACAGCAUUCGCUGUCGCUAUCGCAGUCUCAGUCGCAGUCGCAGUCGCAGUCGCCAUCUGAGUCGAAGUUGCAGUUGGAGUCGAAGUCGCAGUCGCACACGGAAUCAGUAUCGGAAUCGUAAAUUGUUUAUUAUGCACACAAAUUUAUGCCAACAUCUGUUGUUGUUAUCCUGGCCUCUCACAUUUCACAGUCUUUCGUUUUUUUGUGUGUUGGCAUUCCUGGUCGGGGGCG